AUGAUGGAGAUGGAGGACCAAUCAGAGCUCUGCUUUCCACAACUCAUCAACAUCUCCUGCAGGAAGCCCACGUCUCAUUGGUCUGAAAGUGUUGUUUUGACUGUUUUGCUGUCCAUCAUUUGUAUCUUCACUGUGGUUCUCAACUUGCUGGUCAUCAUCUCCAUCUCCCACUUCAGGCAGCUCCACACUCCCACCAACCUCCUCCUCCUCUCUCUCAGUGUCUCUGACUUUCUGGUGGGCCUCCUGGCAAUACCGGCUGAAAUAUAUUCGAAAACGUCCUGCUGGACUCUUGGUGAUGUGCUUUGUUCCCUGUGGUUCUAUGUGUCAUUCCUGGUGACGUCUGUCUCAGUCGGAACCAUGGUGCUGAUAUCAGCUGAUCGUUAUGUGGCUAUUUGUGAUCCUCUGCAUUAUAACACCAAAGUCACUGUGAGAAGAGUUCAACUUUGUGUUUGUCUCUGUUGGUUCUCUUCUUUUCUUUACUGUGGCAUCAUUUUGAAGGAUCUGCUGGCUCAUCCCGGCCAGUAUAAAUCAUGUAAUGGAGAGUGUGUCCUUGGCAUUGACUAUUAUGCAGGAGUUGCUGACCUUGUUGUGACCGUCCUCCUUCCUCUCAGCAUCAUCAUCACUCUGUACAUGAGAGUGUUUGUGGUUGCUGUGUCUCAGGCGCGAGCCAUGAGCUCUCAUGUUACAUCAGUCACACUACAGCAUUCAGUCACUGUCAGAGCAAAGAAAUCAGAGUUGAAGGCAGCCAGGACUCUUGGUGUCCUUGUCCUCGUCUUCCUCGUGUGUUUCUGUCCAUAUUACAUUUUCACUCUGGCAGGUGGUAACGGAAUAAUGUCUUCAUUUUCUAAAUAUGUUCUUUAUUUGUUUGAAUUCAACUCCUGUUUAAACCCGUUGAUCUAUGCCUUGUUUUAUCCGUGGUUUAGAAGAGCUGUUAGACGGGUUGUCACGCUGCACAUACUGCAGCCUGGCUCCAGGGGGCACAACAUCCUCUAG